AUGGCCAACGCUACCUUGAGGAGGGAACCCGCCGCCUCCGCGAACAAAGUGCCGACCUUGCACACCAUCCACAACGUCAAACGCUCCGUGUCGUACUCGCCUGCGCAAAACGGCGAGCACGCUGCUGCUGCGAGAGCGGCCGAGUCGACCCGCGGAUGCGAUCACAUGGUCAAGUCCGCGUUGACGGAGUUGCUGAACGACGACGGGGUCAAAUCGAAUGCCCGCGGGAGUCGGUCGGUGCAGAACAUGCUCAUGCAGAACGAGAAGAAGCGCAAGUCCCAGCGUCGGCAGUCUUUGCUUGAGCAGGGGAAUCAUAAGUGA